AUGGAGAUCCCAAAUCAAUUCUCUUAUGUGAGUGCACCCACUAGUCCAAGUAGAUUCAACAUAGAGAACAUGAACUUCUAUAGUAUGCCAACUAGUCCUACAAGAGGGUUAUCAAGUGCUCAACUUGGGUUUGCAAUUGAGCCUACAACACCAACAUAUGAAGAUGCCAAAUCCAGUUUUGAUGACUUUGAAUUUGAUACUAGUGGGCGUUUCAGUCUUAUUAGCAACAACACUGAAACGUACCAGAAUUUUGAGAACCCAUUAGAACAUCAACUGCAACAACAAAAGCAAGAAAGACAGAGUGAGGAUUCACUUUCACUUCCAACAAUGGCAUUUGCUGAUGAGUUGUUUAGUGAUGGCAAAGUACUCCCACAAUCACCUCUCAAGCUUCCACCACGCCUUCAAAAUGUUAACAACAAAAGUGGCAACCAAAGCCCAGCUGGGUCACCCCCUCGGUCGCCAGGUUCGGGUAUUAAGCUCUCGUUUUCUCGCCGGAGCAAGUGGAAUGAUGAUUUUGAUCCAUUCAUGGUGGCUCUGGAGAAUGUAAGGGAAGAAAAGAGAGGGAAAACACAAGGACACAAUAAUAGGCGGGCUCGGUCCCUUUCGCCAUUGCGGGCCGCAAGACCACAAGAGUCCAAUUACUCGACGGGCUCGAUCCACCAUCAAGACAAGAAAUUGGGCCCCCAAAUUCCAAUGGAGCAUGAGUCCAAUGGCUCUGCUUGUGCUACAUUGAACAAUCCCCAUGAGCCAAUAGAACAAGUAGGCCCAAGCCCAAAGAAGCUGGCAGAGCCCAAGGGGUUGUCAUUUGCAAGACAAGUGAGACUUGUGAAAAUGGAUCAUGAAAUUCCUAGCAAGCCCAACAUGACUACACCUUCAGGCCCCACUGUGGAAGCUGAAGAGAGUGGUAAAGAAAUUGGAGGGUCAUUUACAAGGGAAAAUAAGAGGCAGAAAAUAAAGAAAUUCCUAUUCAGGAGUGCAUCAGUAAGAGAGCAAAAUGUAGCCCAAUGCAAUGAGGACAAAAAGGUGGCUAAAGUUGCUAAGAUGACUGUGAUACAAUACAGGCCAAGGCUUCUUCUAUGCAUGGGCUUUGGGGCAAAGUAUGUGGAGUGA